AUGCUGAGGUAAAUUAAAAAAAUGCAUUUCUUUCUUUGAAAAAAAUAAUUACCUGAGUGGUCCUUUUCUCACAUUUUUCAUAGAAUAUCGAAGGAAAGCUGAACAAAAAAAAUUGCUCUAGUGCCGUAUGAAUAGUUCAUGUUUACAAUGAAAGCCCUCAAGAGACAACUUGGUCAUAUUUGUUCUGUGAUUACUCUGAGGGCACGAAAUUGGAAACCUCCAAUCGAUCAUUAGUACUUUUUUCAGAUUUCAAGAAGAAGAACCCCGCCACUUGUUAUAGAAGAACCGACAACAACGACUUCAAAGCCAGAAAGAGCCACUAUACGAUUUUCGCCUACAAAAGGAUCGACUACAGUUCUCCCCGAAUCGACUACAUAUGCCAAAGAAGUUACAAACAUCUGGAUAGCCGUCAAAAACACAGCUAAAAACGCUUCUGUGACACAGGAAGAGACGUCUUCGAAGCGACAAAAACGUUCGAGCACAGGAGAAUCUGGCGACUUUCAAACGACCACGAAACUACCUGAAUCAACUACCCAGGCCAAAGCCACUCAGAACAUCCUGAUAGUCGUCAAGAACUCAACUACGAACGCUCAAACACAGCAAACGACGUCUUCGAAGCCAGAAGGACCCACCACAAUUCCGUCUAAAAAAGGCUCUGGCGACUUUCAAACAACUACAAAGCUACCAGAACCGACUACUCAGGCCAAAGAGGCUACUCAAAAACUUGUGAUAGUCGUCCAGAACUCAACUACAGCCGCUACUCCGACAAAGGAAACUACGCCUUCGAAGCCAGAAAGACCCACAAAAAUUCAGUCUACAAAAGGCUCUGGCAAUAUUCAAACGACUACAAAACUACCUGAAUCAACUACACAGGCCAAAGACAUCUUGAUAAUCAUCAAGAACUCAACUACGAACGCUCCAACACAGCAAACGAGGUCUUCGAAGCCGGAAGGAUCCACCAAAAUUCCGUCUACAAAAGGCUCUAGCAAUAUUCAAACGACUACAAAACUACCUGAAUCAACUACCCAGGCCAAAGAAAUCUUGAUAAUCAUCAAGAACUCAACUACGAACGCUCCAACACAGCAAACGACGUCUUUGAAGCCAGAAAAAUCGACCACAGAAGAGUCUGGCGACAUUCGAACGACUACAGUGCUCCCUGGAGCUAUUAUCAAAGUUGAAGCAGCAGUUAAGGAAAUUCUGAAAGUCGUCGAAAACUCAACUACUGUCGCUAAUGAGACCGAAAACAGGUCUACGACAAGUCGUCCGAUAAUCAUUGGCUCGAGCUCAAGGCCUAUUGUACCUCCUUCUAA